CGCGGCAAGGCGCCCGCCCCUUCCACCUCCUGCUCAGAUGCAGCUGUCCCUCCUCGACCGAGGCAGCCACGAACCCCUCCCCCAGGCUUGUGGGCUUAUCCCCGGACCCCUUCCCAUCCCCGUAGCGGCAGUAACCGCAGGUCCUGAUGUGGCCUCCAAGGCCCGGUCCAAACGCCUGCCUCCAGGUCGGGGAAGCCGGACUCCUGGCCAAGUACCGGGCGGGGGGAGGAGCCAGGAGGGCUUCCGGUUGCGGCCGAAGCCGUCGCGGCUGGGGGCGGUCCCCGCGGGGGCUGAGGCGCCCGCUCUCCUCAGCCACGCUGGCCGUGACAGCGGCGUGCAUGGUGCUGGCGGCGGGCUUCGGCGUGGUGGGCACGGUGUUGGGACUGUGGAUUCGGUGCCACGAGGGCGAGUCGCGGCGGGGCCAGACCACGAGCGCCUUCCUCUUCCUCGGCGGACUGCUGCUGCUGACAGCCUUGAUAGGCUACACGGUGAAGAGCGCGUGGAACAACAACGUCUUCUUCUCCUGGUCCUAUUUUUCUGGGUGGCUGGCCUUACCCUUCUCAAUUCUCGCUGGUAACCUGGAAAGCGGGAACAGGGUGGAGGAGGCUACCCAGAAGGCUCCCCAGCUGCCCUUCCAGGAAACCCCGGGGACCUCUCAGGGACUCCCCAGCACACUCCCGACUCCCACAGACCUGGCAGAGGCCCCCUUGGAGCCCCAAAACCUCAGUCCUCGGGGCCCGCCUGGCCAUCGGCCCCAGGGCCCACCUUCCUCUCCCUGCCCCGCGCUCCCGUCCCCCCAGGCGUCUGCUUUCUACUGGCAGACAUGAUCACGCAGAGCACCGACGCCAUCAGAGGAUUCCCCGUGUGUCUGUGACCGCAGCCUGCCUGGGGCAGAAUAAAGGA